AUGGCAGCCACUAUACUACAAAUCCUGGUUACUCCCAUCACUGAACUAGCAAAACUCUUUGUAGUUCCCCUAAAACAUGAAGUAGGCUUUCUUCUGAAACACCAUAACAACAUUGAGGAUCUUAAAACCAAAACAAAAGAUCUUGAACUUAAUAUCGAAGCUACAACUCACGCCAUCGAUGAUGCUCGUCGUAGAGGAGAAGCCACAACUAUAGAUAUAGAGCAUUGGAGAACAAAAGCACAGUUGAUAUUGACUGAUGUGCACAAAUUUUUAGCAGAUUUUGGAGAAAAGGAAAGUGGGAAUUCAAAAACAUGUUGCACAAAUUUAUGCAGGCGAUACGGAUCAAGUAAAAGAGCUGUAAAUCUUGCCAAAGUUAUCAAUGAAAUAAAAGGUAGUUUUCGACAAAUUCCUGUUUCUAGACCAGCACCACCACCUGGUAUAGAGAUGAUGCCUAUGGGUGAUUUUGAAGCUUUUGAGUCUACAAGGGUAGCUAUGGAAAAAGUUAUCGAGGCAUUGAAUUUCCGUGAUAGUCAUGUUAUAGGGGUGUAUGGAAUGGGUGGAGUAGGGAAAACUUCAUUGAUUAAACAAGUAGCAAAGUAUGUUAAGAUCAAGAGUAUGUUUGAUGAAGUUGUUAUUGCUACUGUGUCUAGAAAUCCCGAUUCUAGAAAGAUCCAAAGAGAGAUUGCAGAAGGUUUAGGGUUGUAUUUGAUGGAGGAAACUGAGCAUAUUAGAUCAUUGAGACUUUCCGAAAGGAUGAAACACGAAACCCGGAAGUUGAUCAUAUUGGAUGAUGUAUGGGAGAGGUUGGAAUUGUCUUUGAUAGGUAUUGGUUAUGGGGAAGAUAAGAGUAAUUGUAAAGUUGUAAUUACAACAAGAAAUUUAGAUGUGUGCAGUGAAAUGAGUUGUGAUGUAAGUAUAAUUGUUGAUCCACUCUCUCAAAAAGAUUCAUGGGAUCUUUUUAAGAAGGUUGUAGGAAAUGUAUCACAAGAAUUGAACAGUUUUGCAGAAGAAAUUGCAAGAGAAUGUGGAGGUUUGCCUUUAGCAUUGGGGACACUUGGACGGGCUUUAAGGAAUAAAGAACGGAAAUAUUGGGAAGAUGCAGCGAUUGAGCUACGACAAUCGAGACCAUUGAACAUCAAAGGGAUGCAUAAAAAUGUUUUCUCAUGUCUUAAGCUAAGUUUUGAUGAAUUUCAGAAUGAAGAGUCUCAAAUGUGUUUCUUGUAUUGUGCACUUUUCCGGAAGAUAAUGAUGUUAGAAUUGAAGAUCUUUUAA